CGCAGCUUCUCCCCACUCGCGAGCGCACUCCCCGUGAACCCUAGCCUCUCUCCUCCCCGCGUCCUUCGCCAGUGAAAUCUAUUUAAUAGGAGAAGCCACCCCCGCGAGAUAUUCCUAAAAACCCUAACGAAAUAUCUUUCUCGACUAGGGUUUUUGCCGAAACCUCUAGCUGUCGGCUCCGCCUGUCCCCGACCUCGAAGUCCUCCGCCCUCUCUCCGUUCCUCCUCCGAUGGGCAAGUCGAGCAAGAAAUCAGCUGCCAUGGUCUCAGCUCCUGCCGCUGUACCGGCGACAAAGUCUGCCAAGAAAGAUAAAAGAGAAGUUGAAGAAGUAUUGGAGAAGAAGGUGACUGCAAAGAAGCAGAAGAGUGAUGACCGGAUAGAGCAGGCUAUUCAGAAGAAGAAAGCUGAAGACAAAACAGUGAUGAAAGUGGACAGUAGUAGCUCGGAUGACUCUGAUUCCGAGGAAGAUAAGAAGGCUGCUCAGAAGAAGCAGAAAGUUGAAAUGAAGGAGCCACUGAAAAAGAAGGAAGAAACUAGCAGUUCAGAGGAUUCAUCCUCAGAUUCGGAGGAAGAAAAGAAAGAACCUGCUCUGAAGAAGCAGCCGUCUAAAAAUGGCGCAGUUGCUAGCCUCGCUAAGAAGGGCCAGUCUUCCGGCAUUUCUGAUGAGUCUGAGUCUUCAGACGAUGAAUCCGAUGAGGAUGAAAAAGUUGCUGGCAAGCCUGCACAACAGAAGAAAGCUGUUGUAAAGGAAUCGUCAAGUGAUGAAUCAGAAUCCGAUAGCUCUUCGGAUGAGGAAACUGAAAAAAGUAAAGGAAAAGUCCAGCAAAAGCAGCCUGUGGCGGGAGCAAAGAAUGGUUCAGUCACUCUUCCAAAGAAGGAUGAAUCUACCGAUAGUUCCGAUGAGGAAAACACUGAUUCAGAUGAGGAAGACGAGGAAGAUGAUGAAAGUGCCAAGAAACCAAUUCCUGCACUUCCUAAAAAGAAAGUAGAAUCCUCAGAUAGUGAAUCAGAGGAAGAGGGUGAAUCAGAGGAAGAGGUGGAGGAAGUUGUUGCUAAGAACAGUGUUAAAAAACCAGCUAGCAGUGUAGCAAAACCGGAAUCGAGUGAGAGCGGUUCUGAAGACGAGUCAGACAGCAGUUCAGAUGAUGAUGGUCCACCUAAGAAUGCUAUGGAUGUUUCAGCUAAGAGGCCACGUGCCACAGCUCAAACAAAGCAGACCCAGCAGGUAAAGAUGGAUGUUGAUGAAAGCGACAGUGAGGAGGAUGAUAGUUCAGAGGAGAGUGAUGAAGAGCCACAAAAGAAAAAGCCCAAGACGCCUGUGAACAAGUCAAACGGAAAAGUUAGUAAAAAUGAAAGCAGCAGUGACGAAGAAACCACUGAUGACAGCUCAGAUGAUGAGCCCAAGAAGACAUUAAAGAAGGAUGCUGAUGCAGAUAUGGUAGAUGCUUCUCCUUCAGCAAAAGAAGUUCCAAUGUCAGAGAAAAAAGCCCCCAAAACGCCCAUUACACCUCAAAGUAUGGGCUCAAAGACUGUCUUUGUUGGUAACCUGCCCUACUCAGUUGAAAAAGCUGAUGUGGAGAAUUUCUUCCAAGCUGCUGGUGAAAUUCAGGAUGUACGCUUGGCUGUUGACGCUGAUGAUAGGUUUAAGGGGUUUUGUCAUGUUGAGUUUACCACAGCUGAAGCAGCACAAAAGGCUGUUGAAUACAAUGGAGAGUCUCUUGGUGAUCGUCAGUUGAGAAUAAGUUUGGCACACGAAAGGGGGGCUUAUACUCCACAUAGCGGCAAAGGCAACUUCUCAUCGCAAAAGGGAGAAAGGGGUGAGGUCCAAACUGCUUUUGUGAAGGGUCUUGACAAGUCCCUUGGAGAGGAGCAGUUAAGAAGCUCCUUGAGUGAGCUUUUUGGGACUUGUGGCGACAUUUCAAGAAUCUCAAUUCCUAGGGAUUAUGAUUCUGGCGAACCCAAAGGGUUUGCUUACAUUGACUUUACUGAUAGCAAUAGUUUCAACAAGGCGUUAGAGCUUCAUGGGACUGAACUUGGUGGAUAUCCACUCUCAGUGGACGAGGCAAGGCCGAGAGGUGACAGUGGUGGUGGCUUUGAUGGUGGCAGAGGUGGAAGGAGUGGUGGAAGGAGUGGUGGAAGAGGUGGUGGAGGUCGCUUUGCUGGUAGACGUGGUGGCCGUUUUGAUGGUGGUGGCAGAGGAGGUGGCCGUUUUGAUGGUGGCAGAGGAGGUGGCCGCUUUGGUGGCAGAGGUCGUGGGACACCUAAUAGACAAAGCAUGGCAGCAUCUGGCACAGGGAAGAAAACGACCUUCAAUGAUGACGAGUGAGUCAUCAGAGAAAAUAUAGGGAACUCCCUGAGGUACUGGACAGGUUUAUAAUGAUGCUAUAUUUAUGAAUGAAGCAGCAGGACACAGACAUACCUAAAGAUUUUGUAUUUUGGAAACCAGCGUGUCCAUUUUGUUUGCAAUUUUGAUAUCUCGAAUAUUUUUUUUAGUUAUGAGUGAAAGUUAGUUCUGUUUUAUAUUUA